UAAUUUCGAACCUUUUGACGCAAUAUUGAGAAGCAGACAUUUGAGAAUAUUCAGAGCCCCGGUACAAGAAAUUUGAGAUGCAUUACAUGCCGUGUCAUGUCAGCAAAAGUAGUAAAAAGGGUGGCAAAAAAGAGGAGAUUUAUAGCAAUUUGUUGAUUUUACUUUCUUGUCAACUUCAUAAACCCCUCUCCCAAGUCGGCUCUCUUUCAAGAUUCCCCUAUUCCCAUUAGAUCAUAAUUCCCUUUCUUAGCUCUCUCUCUCUCUCUUAACUCGAGUGUGAGCUCUUUGUGAUAAAUCCAAAGACCCCACUUUUUAGCACUUUGUAAUUUCAUCUUUGACAAUAUGGCUGACGAAUCCAUUUCAGGCAAUUUGAAAGACCUUUGUUUGAAUAGAAAUGGUGUGGCAUCAAAUAAUUCUCAUUUAGUUGUUUGCUUUGGAGAGAUGCUCAUUGACUUCAUCCCAACCGUUGGUGGAGUUUCACUUGCUGAAGCUCCUGCCUUCGAAAAAGCUCCAGGUGGUGCACCUGCUAAUGUUGCUGUGUGUGUCUCGAAGUUAGGGGGUUCAUCUGCUUUUAUUGGAAAGGUCGGUGAUGAUGAGUUCGGCCGUAUGUUGGCUGACAUUUUGAAGCAACAUAAUGUUGACAACUCCGGCAUGCGAUUUGACCAUGAUGCAAGGACUGCACUAGCCUUUGUUACACUCACAGCUGAAGGUGAGAGGGAGUUCGUGUUUUUCCGCAAUCCUAGUGCUGAUAUGCUUCUUCAGGAGUCAGAACUCGACGUAAAUCUUAUUAAAAAGGCAACCAUCUUCCAUUAUGGUUCGAUUAGUUUGAUCGAUGAACCCUGUAGGUCGACACACCUUGCUGCAAUGGACAUUGCCAAAAGAUCAGGUAGCAUACUCUCAUAUGAUCCAAACCUGAGACUGCCUUUAUGGCCUUCAGAAGAUGCUGCUCGAAGUGGAAUAAUGAGUGUAUGGAACCUAGCAGAUAUUAUUAAGAUAAGUGAGGAUGAAAUUUCAUUCUUGACUGGAGCUGAUGAUCCAAAUGAUGAUGAGGUGGUAUUGAAGAGGCUUUUCCAUCCUAAUUUGAAGCUUUUGCUUGUAACUGAAGGUUCAGCUGGUUGCAGAUAUUACACCAAGGAAUUCAAGGGAAGAGUAAGUUCCAUUAAGGUAAAAGCUGUUGAUACAACUGGUGCUGGUGAUGCAUUUACCGGUGGAAUUCUCAAGUGUCUAGCUUCUGAUACUGAUCUUUAUCAGGAUGAGAAGCGGUUAAGGGAGGCUAUCUUUUUCGCUAAUGUUUGUGCUGCCCUGACAGUGACUGGAAGAGGUGGAAUCCCUUCCCUUCCUACACAAGAUGCAGUUCAAAGAACCCUCACCGAGGUCGCUACAUGAGAAAGCCGAACAAGUUUUGUUCUCGUCAUGUUGUAUCUGCAUUAUUCUAGAUUUAUUUUCACACUGGUCGAUUCAUUUUCUUUACGUCUCUGGCAUCUGGUGGUUAGUUUUCCUCCCUUUGGAAAGAAGUUACAGUCAAAGAGACAUUUAAGAGAUGCAAGAAAAAUAGUGUACCGUCUUCUGUCAGUCAUACAAGUAAAUGCUGGGAAGCCUUUGUUUGCUUUGUCGAAUUUGUACAAGCUAUACAUAUCUGAUCCUUGUUAUGGAUCCCAUCAGAAGCCAAGAUAGAGAAGAGAAGGUUAGUAUUGGAUAUUGAGAUUAACUGCGUGUAGAGAGGCCGGAAAAACAAAGUGUACAUGCAUUUGACGACUUUCCAGCGUUUGUUGUUUAAUCGUGGUUAGUGGUUACCACUGUACUAGAAUGCCAUAUGUUUCCUUUUCAAGUGCCUAUUUUUUGUUUCCUUUAAAAGUGUCUGUAUCAGCAGCUGACAUCAUGAGAGGGCAACUUCAUUGAAUUGUGAGAGGUAAAUGGGGAAUUUAUCUUAAUUUGAA